AUGGAGGAGCGGCGACCGGCGGCGGCGGCGGCGCUGUGGGGGCACGGGCACCUGCCGCUGCUGGCGCGCGCGCGGUCCAAGGACUCGGUGGAGUACGUCCUGCAGGCGCUCUGGCGGACCCGCCGCACCGGCCUCGACGCCGCCGACCGCGCCGUCGUCCGCGACAUCCUCCAGAUCCCCUCCGACUCCGAACUCGACCCCCUGUUGGUUUGCCUCAGGAUACUGAUCCGCAGGUGCGUCCAUGACGACGUCGCCAAGGACGACAUCCCCAAGCUCUUCCCCGAGGAGGUGUUGCCGGAGCUGCAGAGGCUGCUCACUUUGCUUCUGCAGAAGUUUCAGCCCGAGUGGCGACAGGACACAGCCAAGGAUCAGCCUCACUGCGGUACAUCAUCAGUUGAGGAUUCAUCGAAAUCAGGACAGAAAGAAGUGAAGCUCCGGUUAGCUAAGGAUUCUUUAGACAAAAUGCUGAAGGAUAUGUACCCAAACAAGGAGCAAGUGUCAAAUGCUGCCGAUGUUAACGGGCAUGAGGAAGCAGCAGGGGGCACUUAG